AUGGCACUCGCUAUCCUCACAGUGCGCCCGGCCCAAUCACAGAUCACCAUCACAAAGCAAGCCGUGGUGUUAUCUAUCCCGCUCCCAAGUCAACUUGCAGUAGUCUUGACCCGGUGGGUGAUCGGCCUCGCAACCCGCCACCUCAGCCAUCCGCCAAGCCACAACCUAAGAAACAGCGCAAGAAACAAGCAGCUACCUCUGGUUCAACAACUCGAACAGCUGCAACUGCUCCCAAACCUACGCUUGAGGAGAAUGCUCCUGCUGCUGAUGGUUGUCACCAUCCUCUUCCCGCCUCAAUCCGAUCAGGUGUUAUUACCGAACUCGAGGGGGCAGCAAAUGAGUCUUGUUCCCUAA